GUGUGGAGGGUAAUUUGGGGCGUCCAGAGUGAGGCGUUCCAGCAGCAGUUGUCACUUGAGCAGCCGAUGGUCGAGUGGCACAUGUGCUGCUCUGAGUCGGACCCUGUGUUUCCCCUCUGCGAUCAGGGACUCGGACUAUCUCCUACUCGGACGUCUUGUUCAAACUAACUGGCCUCGAUCCAGACUCCAGACUCUUUUUGUUCUGGUCCGUGUCGGAGCACCUCUGUUACGCCUUUUGGUCCUUUAACCUUUGACGGAGCUGCCCAGCUGAGGUGAAGGGGAGGGCAGAGGAUCCCAGUUCAGCCUGAGUGUGGAUGACCUGCUGUGGGAAACAUGACCAUGAUCUGAAGAGGGCGCCGCACACCGAACCCCAUUUCUCCUCUCCUCCUUCUCCCUCUUUUUCUUUUUUUUUUGGUUUUGUUUUUUAAUUCUACCCGGUGACAGCCUCUCUGCCCGGCUGCUUCCGACAGAGUCCGCGUGCACGGAGAGAACAAACUGACCAGAGGCUUCAGGAGGAGGAAGACACACAACACGACACUCACCUGUGACCUCUGACCUCGCCGCUUCCCCUGCCCCCUCCACCGCAACGCCGCAAACAUGGGGAGGAAAAAGAUUCAGAUUCAGAGGAUCACGGACGAGCGCAACAGACAGGUGACGUUCACCAAGCGGAAGUUCGGUCUGAUGAAGAAGGCGUACGAGCUGAGCGUCCUGUGCGACUGCGAGAUCGCCCUCAUCAUCUUCAACCACUCCAACAAGCUGUUCCAGUACGCCAGCACCGACAUGGACAAGGUCCUGCUCAAGUACACCGAGUACAACGAGCCGCACGAGAGCCGGACCAACGCCGACAUCAUCGAGACGUUGCGAAAGAAAGGCUUUAACGGCUGCAACAGCCCCGAGCCCGACGGCGACGACUCCAUCGACCAAAGCCCGUUAAAUGAAGACAAGUACCGCAAGACCGAGGACCUGGACAGCCUCUUCAAACGCUACGGCUCUAGCAUCCCACAGCCCACCUUCUCCAUGCCAGUCACCGUGCCAGUAUCCAGUCAGAACGCAGCCCUCCAGUUCAGCAACAACCCCGGCGGCGCCCUGGUCACCACCACCUCCUUCGUCACCUCCACCCUCACAGACCCCCGCCUCCUGUCACCGCAGCAAUCGGCUCUGCAGAGGAACACCGUGUCACCGGGGUUGCCGCAGCGACCUGCCAGCGCAGGGGCUCUGUUAGGAGAUAUGGGGAACUCAAACGGAGCGUGUCCGAGUCCAGUCCCGAACGGCUACAUCAGCGCCAGGGUCCCAGGCCUCCUCUCCGUAUCCAACGGCAACAGCCUGGGCAAAGGGGUCCAGGCAAAGUCUCCACCUCCGCCCAACCAACAGAUGGUUAACAGCCGCAAGCCGGACCUGAGGGUCAUCACCUCGCAGAGCGGCAAGAGCCUCAUGCAGCUGACAGAGGAAGAGCUGGAGUUGGUGAGUGAGAAUGCUCAGCGGCUAGGCGGAUCCCAGUUGGCCCAGUCGCUCACCACACCGGUGGUCUCCGUGGCAACGCCCAGUCUCCUAGCGCCCUUCUCCGGCAUGCAGACGGCCUACAACACUGAGUACCAGCUGACGAGUGCGGAUCUCACGGCGCUCCAGACGUUCACACCACCGGGGCUGGUGCCUGGCAACAUGGCUGCCUGGCAACAGCAACAGCAGCCGGCGGUCUCCCAGCAGCAGCAGACGCAGCAGAUGAGCCUGGCGUCGCUCAGUAACUUGGUCAUGUGGGGUGCAGAGAAACAGAACGCGGAGAUGGUUAACUGCAUCUCCAAUUUCGCUGCUAACCUGAGCUUGGCCUCUCAGUCCAACUUGCUCUUUGGCAGGGAGGACGGCCUCUGCUGGCCGGUCCACAUAUCUCAGGGCGCCGCGCUGACAGUCAACACAAACCCCAACCUCAACAUCAAGUCCGAACCUAUCUCGCCAAACCGCGACCGCCACACUCCCAGCUCCACCAGCGGCGGCGGGGGCGGCGGAGGGGGCCAGGGUCACAUCCAGCAGGGACAAGGUCUGGUGUCGGUCGCCUAUCCCGGGAACCUGCGCCUGGAGGCGGGGGGUCAAGGUCGCUCGCCCGUCGACAGCCUUAGUAGCAACGGCAGCUCGUACGAGGGCAGCGACCGGGACGACGGCGCCCAGGGACGAGCCGGCGGCGUGGACUUCCACCAGGGCGGCGCCGGGGCCCAGCAGCCCACCAUGGUCCUCCUGCGCCCCUCGUCGGCCGAGCCCCAGGAGCAGGACGGGACCAACGUCAAGAGAAUGAGACUGGACACCUGGGUCACAUAAAGAGAAGAGCGCCGAGGGAUGGACGGACAGAAGGAGGAUGGAGAUGUGUACUUGUGGCUUUUGUACAUGCCCCCACCAGCCCCGACCCCCCCCCUCCCUGUGCACACACUCACACACACACACACACACACACACUACACACACACGCCGUUGACCCUGUCACGUCCACACAGGAGUCGUUGACCUCACAUACAAACAGCAUGCUGACACCCUCUCAUGUUGCACGUGUGGACACCGACACACACUCGUAUGACGAUGCUCAUACACACAUUUGAACUCUAAUGAUAAACUUUGACCCCCACACACACACACACACACACACACACACACACACACACACACACACACACACACACUUCAAACCCUGAGGGGUUAAGCCACCAAACCAGGGAUCGUUUUUCAGAGUAAUAGCGACGACGGACUUUAUUCAUCUGUUUAGAGGUGAAUGAGUUUUCUUAAUCAGACCACAGUGGAAAGUCAAACCCUUAAAUUCGGCCACUUGGACGUUUUGCCGUGACGGAGCAGCAGCUGGUGGGAUCCUCGCCGCUCAUCCACAUGUGGAGCAGGACACAGCUGCUUUCAGACGGAGCCACUACACGCGUGUGCUGCUGUCGCUCCAGAUUGUUCCUGCUCUCCGAGCCGGGGACGCUCUUCUUCUUCUUCUUCUUCUUCUUCUUCUUCUUCUUUUUUUUAAGCGUGGAGUUUGUGUCCUUCUGUCUUGACUGUUGAUCGUUAGAGUUUGGAUUUGUUUUCGCUUUUCAACACGAUGAAGACACUAAAAGAAAAACUCUCCUCCCCUCCCUCCCCUCUCUCCCCCACCUCCCUCCCCCCGGCCGGGCCAGUGGACGUGGUCACGUGACGUGCUCGACACUUUGGCCCUGCACAAGACUGACGCCCCCUCCCCUGAAACAUGCAGAUUAGCUGUAAAAUCGAGGAACGUGAUUUGUUGCCGAGGUAAAGACUUUUCUUUGAAUCAGGGACGAGCUGCGACAGCUCAGCGACACAUGACACAGAUACUUCAUCUGCCCACAUCGUGUCAACUGCAGAUGCUGAGAACAACGUGUGUGUGUUUGAUGUGUGCGUGUGUGUGUGUGUGUGUGUGUAGACGGUUUUGUUACCUCAAAUGGUUUUGUGUGCGUGUGUGUGCGUGUGGUUUUAUUAUUUUUUUUUUUAAACAAAGCAAUUUGGGCAAAUCUUCAUUCUCGAUUUCACCUGCAAUGCACAGCAGAAAUUAUUUUUGUGAAGCGACUCAUGUUUUGAAUAGAAAGCUGAUGUUCACAGAGGAGAAACGUGAGGUACCGUGUAUAUAAGCAAUCUGUAACCUUUGUGGCUUUUGUGUGACAGGGAUAAGGUGUUUUGAAGGUUAAAAAAAAAAAUAAGAUCAUAUAUAAGUAUAUAUUUAAACAGCUUCAGGCGGCAGCGAGGGCAGCGCUGCACCCGGGGCCGCAGGCAGACGACAGGGAUUGUAUAUAUAAACUAUAUAUUCGGCAGGAUAUCCCUCAACGAACAGAAAAGAAGCAAACUUGUUGAUUCUCAGUGGAUCGGCCUCUUUUUCAUUAUUAUUUAUGCCUGUAUAUAAAGUGUAAGAUGUCCACGAGAGGCCAAGAGAGGGCGCUAUAGAGGCGGAAAGGGAAGGAGUAGCCGUGGUGACUCGGACUGUUUAGAGUGAGCGUUGGUUCGGAGCGCACUUUACCUUAAACCCCCUGAACUCCCCCGACCCCUGAUACCAACACACACAUGCUGCACGUGCACUCGAGGGUGACACGCACACACACCUGGCUGGCUUUAAAACUAAAUGCAAAACAAUCAGCAACAAAAACACAAACACAAUUUUGCACUUUUUUAAAUUAAGUCCCCCAAAUAUAAUUUAUUUGUAGUUUAUUUAAAAUAAUUUAUCAGCAGUCGGAGCUCCCGUUAGUUAAUUACAAGUUGAUUUAAUUAAAUUGAACCUAGUUUAUGUAUGAAACAGAAACAUAAAACCACAAGUUUCAUAAUAACCCGUCCUGUAGUUUUUAUGUAAUCGUGCAUACAAGUAAACUAACGAUGAAAAUACAACCUUUGUGGAAGGUGAUUGAAUGUAAAACUAAAAAUGAUGGAGAACAAACCUUGUGAAGAAAUAUUUCACAAACACUUGGAAUAAUUUAUCAUUUUAAAAGAUAAUAAAGGUAAAGAAAUGAAAGUUUAACUAACAUUAGUGGAUAAUCAUGGCUGGAAAAAAGUUUUUUACACAUUAACAACAACUGAAAAGUUAAAAUGUGGUGGUUUCAUCCUCGAGCUGAACCCUGUUUUCACACGAUGUCGUUCGCUGCAGAGAGAUCUGCUGUUUACUCUCUGUCAGUAUUAUUACUAUUAUUAAUAUUAUUAUGAUGAAGUUUUGUUGUGACAUAUCAAAGUGUUGUGUAUUUGCCGCGUCAGAACAAAAAGUGCCAGCGUUUUGUCUCACAAACAUAUCAAACUUUAGAGCACACACAGAGAUGGUGUGUGUUCCUCCUCCUCCUCCUGCUCCUCCUCCUGCUCCUCCUCCUGCUCCUCCUCCUCCUCCUCCUCCUCCUCCUCAGUUAAAAGCCAUGUGUGUGUGUUUCGAGGAAGUCGCCUGUCGCUGAUUGGCCGAAAAGGAUCAUUUUUCUACUUUCUAGAAGUUGCGAGGGGCUGAUUUUCACGGGGUUUAGUGGCUGGAUUUCCAAAAACGCUGCGGUCAAGCAGAUUCCUGUAUUUAUUUUUCCCCGAGCCCCUCGGCCCCGUCGUUAAGCUGGAGGUUUCAGAACGAGUCCUGAUCUUCUAAUGACGACCUCCCAAAUUGAACGCAGACGUGUCGACAUCCAGCCGCCUCAUCACCUCCCUGUCACCCCUGUCACUCACUUUCACCACCCCCUCCAUCUCUUGAGAUUAUCAAGACCACACACACACACACACACAUUUUACUCCGUCCAGACAGCGGGUGUCAGCACUGAAAACUCAGAAUAAGUCAAAUUAUCUGUGGGUCAUUUCAACGGGAAACAUGACCCCCACCCCCUCCGUCAACUCCCAUCAUCCUCUCCUCCCAUCAUCCUCCUCUCUUCCCAUCAUCCUCCUCUCCUCCCAUCAUCAUCCUCACUCACUCUCUCUCUCUCUCUCUCUCUCUCUCUCUCUCUCUCUCUCUCUCUCUCUCUCUCUCUCUCUCUCUCUCUCUCUCUCUCUCUCUCUCUCUCUCUCUCUCUCUCUCUCUCUCUCUCUCUCUCUCUCCUCGAGUGUAAACACUUGACUGUUAUGACUGUUGUUGUCCUGAGCUUCGAACAAAAAAGAAAAUCUUGACCCCUCGUUCAAGGCCGAAAGCCAUAUGUUCGUCCAGAUAGGAAACAAAACGAAUCCCCUCCACUCGCGGGAGUUUAUUGGUCCGAGCGAGAGCCGCUAACAAAGCACUGAUGCGUUCUUCAGAACAACACUAGGGGGCGCUGCGAUCACGAAACACAAAGACAAUCGAGCUGAAAAAUAGUUUUAGGGAACCUGAACCCCCCCCCCAGGAUAAAAAGAGGAAAACUUGUUGCUCCUGUAUAAUGAUGUGUAGAAGUCUCACUCACUUUCCAGUGUUAAUUUGUGCUGGUGACAGUUUGUUCUAAUUGUUCUCUGAGAUAUUAUUAUUAUCAUCAUUACCUCAGCUGUCACUGACGGCAGCUGUCACGAGGAAAACUGCGUUUCUUUUUUUUUUUUUUUGGUGUAGGUUAGACAUCUUGUUUUAUUUGGAAUUUGAUUUUAUUUUAUGAUAUAAAAAAUAUUCUAUAGAUAUAUUUUUGUUUUCAUCUUUUUGGGAUUUGUUUUGGGUUAUUUUUGUUUUUUGUUCUUUUUAAAAAAAAAGGGUGUGUUACUAAUGUUGCACGAUUCAAGCGUAGCGGUGUUAGCGUGCGGACGGAGGCGCUGAGCGAGUCGACAAAACGCUGCAAUGCUGCAACUUUCGAGUCCGAUGUACAAACCUGAGUCCACACGUGGUGACAGGAAGUGGGGCGGGGGCGGGCGGGGGCGGGGUCGGCAGUGUGACACAUGUAACUUAUUUCUGACCAGACACAAUGAUGUCAAUGCAUGGGCGUUUCAAAACAAGACAAGAGUUGAGUCAUGUUAUAGGAAAUAAAAUGUAAUAUCGACACAAAUAUACAUCACACAGAAAUACAUUUAAGAAAAAAAACGUGAAAAUUGAAGAAAAAAAAAAGUUUAAAAUAAAUUAUAGCUAAUAUAUUGUGUUCGGCUAGUCUGCUUUUCUGUUGUAAAGAUACUUUUUUUGUUGUUUUUGGAGAAUGAUAUACAACUUGUGUAUAUUUUCAUAAAUAAAGUAUGCACUGAUAUGUUAUUACAAAUUCUAUACUGCUUUUACAAAAGAAGUGUUUGUUAUUGUACCAAAGUAUCCAUUGGUCCCCCUCCCCCUUCCCCCCUUUUUGCGUAUGUUUUACCGUAUUUUAUAUAUUAAAUAGACAAGUUGACCUUCA